GCUGACUGCUGUCAUUUCGUUUCGGUUUACUUUCGAAAAUAAAUAAAUAAACAAUGAUGUUUUGCUCAAUAUUUGCCGACCCCGAUUAUACCCGAUAAACUAAACUGGCAGCCACCCCGACAAAAGAGGUUAUCAAAAAAAGAAUAAUUUAUAAUUUUGACAUAGAAUGCCAUUCCAUCAAAUUGACUGGACUUUUGAAGUGUCAAUUAAAAGUGGAUAAAUAUUUUCAACAUUUAAUUUUACCAGCUUUUAACUCUAUUUAUAAUUAACAUAGUAAUUUACAAAACGUGCCGGAAUUAGUGUUAUAGUGUCUGUGUGAGUUCCGCCAUGUAUGCGACUAGUGUAGCGAUAUUUAUUGUAUGUUUCCUGACCGGGACCGCCCGCUCCGACCCGCGGAAUGUGCCCAUGGCAAUCACUACAUGGACUUUCAAAAAUGCUACUUUAAGAGCAUGGGAUGUGCUGUCCAACAAUGGCUCAGCACUGGAUGCCAUUGAGCAGGGAGUGGCUGUGUGUGAGUGUGAGCAGUGCGACGGCACAGUUGGCUACGGGGGCAGUCCUGAUGAGGAUGGAGAGACCACACUUGAUGCCCUCAUCAUGAAUGGCAAGACAAUGAACGUGGGCGCAGUCGGCGGGCUGCGGCGGGUGAAGAACGCCAUAUCCGUGGCGCGGCACGUGUUAGAACACACGCGGCACUCGUUCCUAGUCGGCGACCAGGCCACGGAGUUCGCGGUGCAGAUGGGCUUCCACGAGGAGUCGCUCACGACGCCCGACUCGAAGAAGAUGUGGAUGGAGUGGCACAAUGCCAAGAAUUGUCAGCCCAACUUCUGGUUUAACGUGCUGCCUGACCCGCUGAAGCACUGCGGGCCGUACUCCAUCCCGCCGAAGGGGGGCCCCGUGUGUCCCUCCACGACCUGCAUGCCCGACACCACCACCUCCACGUGCCAGCCGCCCAAGGUGCCCGUACCGCCGCCGUGUCCCGCCAAAAAGGGGUUCCCGUGCCGCGCGCGCCGCCGCGCCGCCCCCCGCCCCCGCGCGCCCCGCUCCGCCUCGCUGCCCAUUGACCGCUUCAACCACGACACCAUCGGCAUGAUCGCCAUCGACCGCAAGGGCAACAUGGCCGCCGGAACGUCUACUAAUGGCGUCAAGUUUAAAAUACCAGGGCGCAUCGGCGACUCUCCCAUCCCCGGCUCUGGAGCGUACGUGGACAACGAAGUGGGCGGCGCCACCGCCACCGGCGACGGGGACAUAAUGCUGCGCUUCUUACCCAGCUACCUGGCGGUGGAGGCGAUGCGGCGCGGCGCGCACCCGGCGACGGCGGCGGCGGCGGCCGUGGCCCGCGUGGCGGAACACUACCCGCAGUUCCGCGGCGCCGUGGUCGCGGCCAACAAGUGUGGCCAGUUCGGCGCCGCCUGCCACGGCUUCAAGUCCUUCCCCUACGUUGUGAUGAACACCAACAGCGUGAAGAAAGAGCUCGAGAAUAAAUGUGUCACCUGCUCCUAGAGUAACGGUGUGUCACCUGCUGCUAGAGCAACGGUGUGUCACCUGCUACUAGAGCAACAUUGUGUCACCUGCUGCUAGGUACUUUAAAAUGAAUGGUCUCGUGAUAAAAUUAAAUAUAUAUAGGUUUUCUGGUAAGGAAUCCAAGUAUAAGAGCACUUUUGAAUGUAUUCAUGUUUAAGUGUCAUUAGUUUGUUCCUGAAGAUAUCCGAUAAUCUUGGUAACUGAUGCAUAGAGUUGACAAAUAUCCAAAUAGUUGCGGGGACGAGAUCUGAUCUCUUCUCCUCGGUAGACCUUAGUCAUCGGGCCACAGGUUAGAAGGCGUCCUUUAUCUAAAAUGAAAGGAAAAACAAAUUUAUCGCAAUUUGCAAAGUGUAGUAUUUGUAUCCCGCUACUGCUGCCCUGGCACGCUAGGCGUCUUUCUUUUAAACUUUUCGAUGUCUUAGUUGCGUUUAUUUUUAUUUUGUAAUAGGUGUUGUAAGUUGUUAUGUAUCAUUAUUAUGUGAGUUGUAAAGUUUUCUAAAAGAGUUGUAAAAUAUUUUAGAAAUAAACAUUGUACCUAACUGAA